AACAUAAUACACGCUCAACACCUAUUAACUUAGUUUUAAAACUUAGUUUUUCAAGUAAAAUGUUUACAUUCAAACAUCUUGAAUCGUGAAUUGAGAGCUGGCAUUAAAAUACAACGACUAGAGGACACAGAUGUCAACGUGAUUAAAAAAUUGAUGCUGACCCAACGUAAUCUCGCAUCAAGAUGUACGCAAGCAUCCUCUAACUCUAACAUCUCAACACGUUUAUUUGAUGCUUGUUUCGACAAUUGCUAAAAUCAUUUCGCUAAUGCGAAUCGCGCAAGUGAAGCAUCGUCGGCCCUAUUACCAGUCAUAUCAGUAAUGACAGUAGUGUUACUGUGUAACCAUGUCAAGAGUGUGCAGAGUGUAAAGUAUAGUGAAAAUAUUUAAUAUUCAAAUCGCAUUUGAAGGAUAUAAUUUAAAAAAUCAAAAUGGCGCAGCCCGGUACGCCAUUAUUAACUAGGAAGUUAAGCGAUAGAUUCUACAUUCCCGAUGAUAGUGAUUCCCAAUCACAGGCGUCUGACAAUGACAUACGUAGUGAUUACUAUGGCAGCGAUAACGACUUCUCGGACACUGAGGAGUAUGUUCAACCAGUUCCAAUUGCAGCAACUACAAAUGGAGUACCAUUGCGACAUUCGCGACGCAAGUCCAUCACUGUUAUGCCCAGGAUGAGCAAAUCAAUGAAUGGGAUCAAUGGUGAUGAUGGCGAAAGUGGUUCGAAUUCACCUGCUAAUUCCAUCACUUCGGUUAAUUCAUUGGCGAGUUUACUCAGAGAGAAGAUGCAGAUGCUACCAAGUCAAUUACGAAGGAAGAAACCCAAGGACUAUAAGAUCCGUGUUUUUGUCGUGUUCCUUUUUUUGACAAUAGUUUUCCUGAUUGUAUUUGCUUAUGUGCUCUACCAACAAAAGGUCCUUCAGAAAGCAUAUUUUGAAAGAGUUAAAUUCAACGAAGCUAAACGUCUAAUGAAAAUUUUUAACCAAGACGGCCAUGAAAUUAUCAGAGGACGCCUGGGAACUACUAUAAACUACGACAAGGUAUACCCUUGCCUACCUGAAGAUGAUCCUGGUGAUGGAUCUAUUUGUUUGGAGUGGAUGCAAAGAGCUAGACUUCUUAUGCAAAGAGAGCAACUCAACGAGGAUGUCCGGUGUUACAAUCUCAAUUGGAUGUCUCUCACGGAAUCAAUAGAUCCAACAGAUUGUUAUGAUAUGAGCAAUGGUCAUUGGUAUGGAGGUGGUGACAAUGCGGAAUCAGCUUGGCCUCUUGAAAAGGCCGAACAUGAUUAUUCCCCGUUUGUUACUGGCAGAGUAGAAAAACACCGCUGGAGUAACGUGCUGAAAAGAUAUUUUAUCAAUUCGAAAGGUGUGGCAAUUGUCAUCGAUGACAGAAGUCCUUUAUACUUAUCCAUUAAAACCAACAAAGACAAAAAGGAACUUUGUAUGAAAGCAAAAUACGAUGAUUUUGCAUUUGUCAAUAGAUUAACGGACUAUCCUCAGUUGAAGUAUCGAGUUUGCACUGGUAGCAACAUAACCAAACUUCAUCUAUUUUUAUCUGAGAAUAUUCUAUGGGAUGGACUUACUCCAGAUGACAAUCAAGUUAUUAAUUCUUUGCUUACUGAACCUCUUUGGCAGAUUACAGCUAAUUUCAAGGAGAAUUUUACUCAGGAGACUGUGUUUAAUUAUACAGAUAACGUGAUUGGCCUAGGAUUUCUCAAACAAGGUCAUGUUUUGAUUAACGAAUUCUGGCAGAAACAGAUCGGUGAUUAUACAGUGGAUUUAGAUAGAUUCCCAACUUUAGAAGAGACAUUGAAUAUCAUGCAUCGAAGAGGUUUUAGAAUUGUGUUUUCAGUUCAACCAUUUAUUUCCACUGAGAGCUCUAAUUUUGCUGAAGCAGUCAAAAAGAGAUUGCUCAUUUCAGAACGAUACAGUGAUCGGAGAAUACCAGCGUUAACAAGAUACAAAUCCUUGGAAAGUGCUGGUAUGCUAGAUGUAAGCAACAAUCGAACAAUGCCUUGGUUAAUUGAGAAAUUGCGAGCUAUUAAUAAAAAAUAUCCAUUUCAUGCGUACUAUCUUGAUCUGGGUACAGCUUAUAAUCUACCACAUUAUUACCAAUGUGAGAAUAUGCUGCAUAAUCCGGAUCAGUACAAAACUCAAUUCAUAAAUAACAUUCAAGGAAACUUGAACAUUUUCGGAGUCAAUAGUGCAAUUGAACGCCCACGGGCCCCAAUUUUUGUAUCACUUCCAAUGGUGGAGUCGUCUUGGGAUGGCCUAAGGAGAGUCAUACCAUCAAUACUUACCUACGGCAUUAUUGGUUAUCCGUUUAUUAUACCAGGUGCCGUUGGUGGUGACUACUAUGACAGUCAUUAUAAUUUACCUUCCGAUAAUGCCGUUUUGCCUGAUAAAGAACUGUACAUCAGGUGGUUGCAACUUGCUACGUUCCUACCGGUCAUCAGAUUCACACAUCUUCCAAGCACCUAUGGGGAUGAGAAGGUCCUCCAGAUGGCAAAAAUUCUCACCUCUUUAAGACAAUCUGUUGUUACUCCUAUUCUUAUACAAUAUGCUAAGGUAGCAUUAGAUUCCGGGAUGCCUUUAAUAAGACCUCUUUGGAUGUUGGAGCCUAACGAUCAAGCUUGUCAUAUUGUCAACGAUGAGUUUGCAAUUGGCGAGGAUUUGAUUGUAGCUCCCAUGUUGUACUCGAAAGGACGACAAAGAGAAGUUUAUUUACCAGCAGGCGUGUGGAAAGAUGGCAUUGACGGUAGUCUGAGGAAAGGAAGUCGAUGGAUACAUGAUUAUCGGAUCGAAGAAGAUAAAAUUGCAUAUUUCGAACGUAAGCCAGAUGAUACGAGAUUUUAAACUUAGUAAAGUUAUGUAUCAAAAAUUAUUACUACUUAUGUGAUUAUUUAACUAUAUUAAACUGUUUAUUUAUAUUCGUAACGAAGAGAAGUAAAGAAAUAAAUUAUAAACGAACAA